AAUGAAUUCUGAAGUCUAAGACAUUAUAGAUUUAUAUUAAUAGAUAGUUUCCAAUUUAGAUUUAAAUCCAUAACGUGAUAUCACAAUGUAUUUAUUAAAGUGAUACUAUAAUAGAGAAUAAUUAAAAAAUGAAAGAAAUUAUUGCACAAUAUUCAGAAUCAUGUUUCCAUUUUUAGAAAAGGAAAUAGAUAAUAUUCAAAAAGAAAGAAAUCCAACAGGUGAAAAAUUGUAAGGACUAAUUGAAUUUUUAGUAAAUCAUCAUGAAUAUAUAAAUAGUCUUAUCCAGUUUUAACAAUGGAUUUAUCACAUAUAAGUGGACAUUCUAUUGCAUAAGGAGAUUUGAGACAUCUUUACAACUUUUUAUAAAUUUUACUUGAAUUAUCAAAACUUUAUAAGGAUUAAGUUUAAAAUACAAGAUCAAAUUCUACAAGCUAACAAAAUUUUUAAUAAGAUAAUUCAACUCCUCCAGAAUAAUAAUCAGGUAAGUUAUUUAAUUAAAUUAGAUUAUUUUAAUGAUAAUGCUGAGUAUGAAGAAUCAUCCUAAAAAGACGGUGGAAAUUUUGAAACCAAGAAAAUAUAAAGGAAUCAAUCCCUAAAGGAUCUUAAAAAAGGUGCUAAUUAAAAUAAUAAUGCUACUGCUAAAAAUUAAUUAUCAAAUAAUUAACGAAAAUCUUCAGCUAGAAAAGUUGAAUAGAAAAAAGUAUUAAAUUCAAAGGAAAAUAAGUUAAAAGCUAUAAGUAAUGAUUUAUUACCUGUUACUUAACUUUAAUAAAGAAUAAUAACACAAGAUCCUAAUAUAGCUAUAAAAUAUAAAAAAUAAUAAUAGCAACAAUAAAAGAAAUCAUCUAAAAAAUAAUAAAAAUCAUAAUCACCUAAAGAAGAAGAAGAAGAAUAACUAGAUUAAUUAGAUUUUGGUUUUUAAGAUAUAAGUGAAAUAGAUUAUUAGUUUUUGGAAUAACAUGAUGAAGAAGAAAUUAAUUAAUUAGAUGAUCAUGAUCCAACAAAAGUUAAAUAUUUUAGAGAAUUAUAAAAGGAUGAUAUAAGAAAAUUAUUAUAAGAAAAAAUGAAAGAAGAAGAAGAAUUUGGUGAAUAACCAGAAAUUGAUCAUUUUAUAGAUUCUUAAAUUCAAGUUAUAAAAGAAUCAUUAGGUAAUAUGAAAAAUUAACCACCAAGUGAUGAAAAAGAAACUAUUGAAAAAAUUAUAAAAAAUAGAAAUUAAUAUAAAGAAUUUUUAAAAGAUUAUCUUAAAACUUAUCAAUAAAAAUAAAAGAAACAAGAAUCAUAAUAAAAUAAAUCAAUGCAAGAUUAAAAAUAAUUAAAUAAAAUGAAUCAAAAAAAAAAAGAUGAUUUAAAAAAAGAAUUUGAAAAUGAACAUUUAUCAAUGUAUUAUAAAUUAAGAGAUGAAAAAUUAAAUUAUUUAAGAAAAAUGUAAAUAUUUUAUAUAUUUCUCAUAGUCAUCGAAUUAUUUUUGAAUUAGAAAAAAGAAAGAUUAUAGAUGAGAAAAAAGAUCAUCUAUAAAUGAGAAGAUAAUAAAAUAUAAUUACUAGAAAUGCAUUAGCAUCUGUUGAAAAUGCUUAUAAUGAUAAAAUUACAAUGUUAAAAGAAAAAUUAUAAAAUGAACGAAAAGAAAGGCAUGUUGCAGGAGUUGCAUAAAAAUAAGUAAAUUAUUUUAUGAUUUUAAGAUUCUCUCAAAAUUAGAAAAAGAAUUAAAAGAUGAAAAAAUUAAAUAAAUUCAAGAAUUGAAAGAUAUUUGGAGAUAAGAAAAAGAAAGAUUUGAUUAUUUAAUGAAAGAUGAUGGAGAAUUAGAAAAGAGAAUUCUUUAAAUUUAUAAAAAAUAUUGA